GGCGGCGCAGUCCGGGGGAGGAGAGGCUCAAUCCAAACCCUCCACUCCGCUUCUGCUGCUCGUACCAUGAGCUGAAUGUGUCCGGGACAGACCAGGGAAGAUGGCGGCCACUGACCAUUCCCGGUCCGAAGCUGCCAAACAGCGUCGGCAGGAUCAGCUGCAGCGAUGGCUGGGCUCGGACACGGAUCGGACGGGACCCGAGGCCCGGGACACCUUGAGCGGCUCCGGGACGCGGCGCACGAAAGUCCGGUUCGCGCAGGGAGCCGUGUUUAUGGCCGCCUGCUCCGCCGGCGACCAGGAGGAGGUGGCGGCGCUGCUACGGCAGGGAGCCGACAUCAACCACGCCAACAUCGACGGGCUGACAGCGCUGCAUCAGGCCUGCAUAGAUGAAAAUGCUGAGAUGGUGCAGUUUCUGGUGGAGAGCGGGAGUGAAGUCAACAGAGGGGACAACGAGGGCUGGACUCCUCUGCACGCUGCAGCGUCCUGCGGCUUCAUUCAGAUCACCAAGUACCUGAUAGAGCACGGCGCUCACGUCGGGGCGGUGAACAGUGAAGGAGAGCUUCCUCUGGACGUGGCCACAGAAGACGUCAUGGAGAGACUUCUUAAAGCUGAAAUCAAAAAACAAGAGAUAGACGUGGACCAGGCCCGGAAGGAAGAGGAGAGGAUCAUGCUCCAGGACGCCAUGGCAGUGCUGGCAGGAGGAGGUACUCUCACACCUCACCCUAACACCAAGGCAACCGCUCUGCACGUCGCUGCCGCCAAAGGCUACAUCGAAGUCAUGAAGGUGCUGCUGCAGUGCCCGGUGGACGUGGACAGCACGGACAUCGACAGCUGGACGCCCCUGCAUGCUGCCGCUCACUGGGGGCAGGAGGAGGUGUGCACCCUGCUCGCUGAACACAUGUGUGAUAUGGGUGCCGUCAACAACGUGGGCCAAACACCUCUAGAUGUCGCAGAUGAGAAGCUGGUGGACACUCUGGAGGAGCUGCAGAAGAAACAGAACGCCUUACGCACUGAGAGAGAGAAACAGACUCCUGUUAUUGAGACCAACCCACAAAUCUCCAUGGUACCAGGUCGUGCGCGCAGGACUUCUAUCUCUCGUAUGAGCAGCAAGGACAAAAUCUGUCUCCAUGAGCGGGAGAAGCACCCACCCCCUGCCCUGCAGAGCAACCCGGCCGAGGAUGAGGAGGAGGAAGGCCAUGUGGGACAGGGUCAGCCUCAGAGCCAGGCCAAAGCCUCCAGCAGCUCCAGCUCGGAGGAGGAGAGCGAAUCGGAGAGCGAUGCUGAGUCGGAAAAAGCGAAAAACAGAGAGAUCAUAAACAACUUGAACAACAAACGCAACACCACCAGCCUGCUCCCUACCUCCAUGUCAACGAGCACCGCCACAAGCCAAGUGAAAAAGCAGGAGCCAAGCAAACCCACAACCACUGAGGCCCCGGUCUCCUGGAGAACCUCUCUGAGGAAAGCCGGCAGCUCCGUGACCCUAGGCACGGCCGGACUAGCCGACUCCGGCCCGGACCCCAGCAGACCUCCAGCGACGGUCCUGGGCAUGACCCGCUCCGCAUCCAGCCCCCGCCUCAGCUCCGAGGCUGACCCCAAGGAGCCGAGGCUCGCCAGGGUCCCGCCCAUUCCCACGCGGAGACUCUUCAGCAUUCCCGACAACAGCCCUGACAACUCCAACAGUUGGCUAAGCCGUAGCUCCUCUUACACCCGACGCCUUCAUAGUCAAACAGGAAAUGAUCUCACUAGUUCCACUCCUUAUUUGCUUCACAGCUCAUCUUAUGGAAAGAGACUGGAUGACCCCACCUUGACCUCAGCGAGCACAGGAACAAGCUCCUCUGGACUCAGCCGUCUUAAUAGUGUCUUGGCGCAGAGACUUCCUCAGGAACAGGCAGAGAAAAAGGAUCAGUCGGCCAUCGCCACCUCCAUCUCUCAGAGCAUGACCACGGGCGAGCAGGAGACCAAGCAGAGGCGCAAAUCUUAUCUGACCCCGGUGCGGGAUGAAGAGGCAGAGGCGCAGAGGAAGGCUCGCUCCCGACACGCACGCCAGUCCCGCCGCUCGACUCAGGGGGUGACGCUGACAGAUCUGCAGGAAGCGGAGAAGACGAUGAAAACCAGCCAAACCAACCAGGCCGACAACAAAGGGAGAGAAAAGAAGGAGGAGGAAGAGAAAGAGAAGGAAGCAAAAGCGAAGAAGGGAGAGGAAGGGGAAGUGAGCUGGAGGUCUCGUAUUGCCAGCCUGCAGAAGUCGGACCUGCUGGGCCUCACGCAACCCGCUGGCACUCCGCGGCCUCAGGCUUCCGACAGGAGAGAUGUUGAGGCCAACGCAGGGGAGACUGAGACUAUGCGAUGGGCCAGGGAGCGCAGGGAGAGGAGACAAGCUCGGGCCAGAAGGAAGGCCCAGAGGACCGGGGAGAGUGAUGACAAUGAUCCAAGUGGAGAGGAGGAGUUCUCAGGCAGUGGGCUGGAUCCACAGACAGACCAACACUUGAGUUCCAGGUCGGUUGCAUCCAGUAAUGACCGCACCCAGGGAGGAGAACCUGAGAGCAAGGAUUUCAAAAAGAUGUUCGAGGACGUCUCCAGAGAAAACACCCUGCUCCAAUCUCAGCUGCAGGACACUCAGAGGGUUAUCAGUCAGACUAGGUUGGACCUGGAAAAGGCUACACAGAGACAGGAGCGCCUCACUGACUGCUCAGCCAUGCUGGAUCUGGAGAGAAAGGACCGGAGGAUGUUGGAGCGGCGAAUGGCAGAGCUGGAGGAGGAGUUGAAGGUUCUGGUGGACCUGAGAACAGACAACCAGCGUCUUAAAGAUGAAAAUGGAGCACUGAUUCGAGUCAUCAGCAAACUCUCCAAAUAGAUGUGGGGAGAGUGUCUCGGAGAGGGCGAGAGAGAGACACAUGAAGAGCAGGGAACCCCCUCCUUCCCCUUCCAUCCAUCCCUCCCUCCAUCCCUCCCUCCCUCCUCUCACACAUUCCUCCUCAGUGCCAAAGAGCGAGAGGGGGGAAGAGAAGUAGCAGAAUGUCCUUGCGUAUACGAGCAACCAAGACUUGACUUGGAUUGUGAUGCCUCUCUGUGAACAGCUGGAGCAGCUUCGGUGCCUUAGCGGCCUUUUGUCAAGACCGACAGCACAAAGGCUCCAGCAGGAGCAGCAUGAGACUUGACGACGGCCGAAAUGCCCACGGCCGGUGGAACACACACAAAACACAACAUGUACUACAACUGUGCAUCAUGGGAACCCGAAUGUGCACACACAUUCCUAUGCGUGCAUCACAUACUUCCUCAAUGCACAUUCCACUGAGCGCACAAGGCAGCUUGGGCCUUAAAGCUCCCACUUAGUAUUUUUUUUUUGUGAACACACUCACACACUCACACAUUUACCCCACUCACAGUCCAGAUCUAGCGUGUCGUCAGGCAGUGAAGGUGUCGGCGUGUUCUUUUAAACUCUGAAACACGCUACAGACUCUUUACGCUCGGCAUCGUCAUGACGACACGGGGGAAGUCCAUGAAGCUCUGUUGGGUUGUUUUGUUUCCACAUGCAAGUGUUUGAACCCACCUACCUCUCCACCUAUGCACCUCCCCAUAUACAUUUUUUUAUUUUUGUGACCACAGACACACUCCAUGCUCUUAGGUCAGUCGACCGCAGCACUUUACUCUCCGCCAAGCAAUAAAAGAUCUGCGAGGCCUCUCUCGUCCUCGAUGACUUCAGAGCAGCACCGUCUCACUCAGUUAAGUGGAGGGAGACGAUACCCAUAGCUGAAGGUCAAAGGUCAUUGCACAAUGAUUUAGAAAAUUGCUGUUCUGUCAAAGCCUAUUAUGCAAUGAAUGGUUUUAUUGAUUGCCAUUGAUAAAUAUAUUAUUUUCAUAGUUUUUCAUUGUCAUUUCCUCUCCUGCAAUGGAGCCUAGAAAUGUAUAUUACAUGUGUAUAAAUAUUAGUCCUGAAUAAUAAUACCCUUUUGAAGUAAAGUUCAAUGUAGCCUUUUUUCACAUGUUGGGUUUCUAAUAUAUUAAAUGGAUGUCUGCACCCUAAUAAAAAAACAGUGUGUUUGUA